GGGCAGGGGCCGCCCGGCCGGGGCGCGGGCAGCGGGGAACCGGCGCCGGGAGGAGGCGAAGCUGGGCCCGUGGCUGGUGGCUGGGAAUCCGCUGACGAGACAGCCGGGGGCAGGGGAAUGUGAGGAGGCAGCGAGCCUGCCCCACGUACCCGCCUGCUCCGGGUGAGAUUGGGGAGCCCCGUCCUGUGGCGCUCAGACAGAGCAGAGCAGAGCUCGGGGCACCGCUCACAGGCACCUUGCACCUGACCCUCCAGGCGGGGUGGCCAUGGGCAUUGGCUGUGGCCUGGCGAGCCGGCACCUGUGCAGAGGCACUGGGACUGCCAGGGACUGGGCCGGGCCGGGGGUGUAGCCGGUUCCAUGGACAUGGCGGCGAGGGACAGGUUUGCAGAGAUGCAGGACAGGCUUCGGAUCCUAGAGGACCUCAACAUGCUGUACAUCCGGCAGAUAGCACUCAGCCUGCAGGACACGGACAUCCAGAAGAAGAUUGACCAUGAGCUCCGGAUGCGCGAAGGUGCCUGCAAGCUGUUGGCAGCCUGCACACAGCGGGAGCAGGCCCUGGAGGCAACCAAGAGCCUUCUGGUCUGCAACAGCCGCAUCAUGGCCUACAUGUCCGAGCUGCAGCGCAUGAAGGAGGCGCAGGUGGCGCAGAGGACGGCCCGGCGGCCAGUGGAAGCAGUGCUGCGACGAGCUCAUGAAGAUCGAGGUGCCGUCCCCACGCAAGCCCCCAGCCCUGCUGGCCAAGCAGGGCUCCCUGUACCACGAGAUGGCUAUUGAACCUGUGGACGACAUUGAGGCCGUGACGGACAUCCUGGCGCGGCGGGUGACGGCCCUGGAGCUGCGGCCGGACCUGGGCUGCCCCCCAUGGCUGUCUCUCUUCGAGGGGCCCCUGCUCAGCGCCUCCCAGGCCAGCAUCACUUCUGACACCGCCAGCGCCAGCCCCUCUCGCUCACGCCAGUCGUGGGGCCGGCCCCGCACGCUCUCCCUGGACGCCAGGCUCAGCACACUCAAGGGGCGUGCUGGAAAGGGCCCCGCCACCGCCCUGCGCCCGCUGGCCGGCCCCCCCCACUCCAGCUCCUCCAGCAGCAGCAGCACCACCCCCGAAUCGGAGCGCCAGGGCCGCCGCCCCACCCGUUCCCCCCUGGAUCCCCGCAGCUGUCUGCAGUCCCAGGUCUGAGCAGCACGGGGCGCCGGCGCCUGCACCCUGACCAGGACAGGAGGUGACAGGGGAGAUGCCCUGGGCAGGGGCCCCCUCAUGGCCCAGCCAGCCCCACGGCCCCCCUGCUCAGGCAGCAGCCUUGGCUGGGUCGCGGUGUCAGUUCUCCGUCCUGAGCGGCGGCACCUCCCCACCCCGUCCUCCCGCUGAGCCCCCGGCGCGGGGACCUCGCUCACGCAGGGCCAAGGGACCCCACGGGGGCCUGGCUUGUGGGGAGACCACAGCAGGGCCCGUGCCCCUUGUUCCCACCCGAGCUCCCUGGCAUCCGCAGGGGAGGGCUGUUAGGAACAACCAUCCCUGCCCCCAGCCUGGGGCACAGGGUCCACUUGCUCCCCCAGCUGGGCUGAGCCCUGGGCCGAGGUGCUGGGCUCACCCCCUCCCCCAGGCUCCGCUGAGCAGAGCGGGAGCUGCCCCUGGCCCCAGCCAGACGCACAGGGCAGCCUGUGGGCUGGGGAGGGGGGGCCUGAGCUGUCCUCAGCCUGGCUUCAGAGCAAAGGCUGAACGCGGGGGGGCUUCGGGACAAAAAACUGGAAUGAGGUUGGCCCAAGUGACAGGGAGGGGCCUGUGGAUUCCCUAAUUCCAGCUCUAACGGCUUCUUCUCACUAACCAGCCCCUGGAAUUUGCUCCAUGCCCCCCCCUUGCAGCUGCAGCUCCUCGCC